AUGGGGAAAGGAGGAAAUUUUGUGACCGUGGCCGCUUCCGAGGUGGAGGAGCUACGGCGGAAGAACGGAGAGAUGGAAAAAGCGGUGGAGGAAAUGAGGAGAGAGAUGCUGCAGCUGUGGCGGAGGACUCAGGUGGCGGAGGAGGCAGAGGAGCGUCUUUGCUCUCAGCUAGCCGAGCUUGAAGCUGAAUCGCUAGACCAGGCGCGUGAUUACCAAUCUCGCAUACUCUUCCUCGUGAACGAACUCUCUCGCCUCUCUUCCUCCGACUUGGCCUCGCCCUAGAUUGGUUGAUAGACAUAUACGGAUGUAUGUAUAAGGAUAGAUUCUUAGGUCGAUGCAUGUAUCUGUAUUUAUAAUGUUGGCUCAUAUCAAUGCCAAUUCUGUAGAGUUUUUCGUUUUUUCUUAUUGUUUAUAGAUCUCAAAUUUAUAGUAUGAACAAAAAUCGAUAUUGUUAGAAAAAAAGCGAUGAAUGUCUUUGAAAACUAAAACAAAAGAUAAUUCCAUUUUUUAGUUUGAAAUAUGAACUUGUUUUAUUUAUUAAGAAUCUG